GCCCCAUCCCCACCGCCCCACCCCUCCAAUCGGUUCCUCCGCCCCACGUCGCGGUCAGUUUCCCCGACGCCGCUCCGCCGCCCAGCUCGCGAUUCGUCCGCCGUUCUUCCGUCGCCAAUACUGGGCCUGGCGCCGCCGGCGAGCCUCUGCGUGCCCCCGCAGUCAAGCCGACGCCCUCCCGUUCCUGACGCCGCUCACUCCUCCCGUCGCCGGGUUUCCCGAAGCCGCUCUGCUGCCCAGCUCGCGAUCCGUCCGCCGUUCCUCCCGUCGCCGAUCCGGGGACUAGCACCGCCGGCCAGCUCCUGCAUGUACCCGCAGUCAAGGCGACGACCUCUCAUUCCCGAUGCCGCUCAUUCCUCCCAUCGCCGUUCUGCGAGACCGAUCUGCCGUCGAUCCUCCUCCGGCCUACCUUCUGAUCAGGAGGUGCUGCGUCACCAUCUACCCGUGUGAAGGAGAGCUGCUGAAGGAGAGAAGGGAAGGCAAGGCAAGGCAGCCUCUAUCUGGCUCAGAGGAAGAGCUCCCGAGGCCUCAAGAUGCACACAGGGAGAAGGUUCGUGGCGGGGCAGAGCAGGCCAGAUCUAGCAUCCUUGGACAAGCAUGGAAACAAGAGUCUAAUGGAGCUGGGGUGCUCCGAUGGUUGCGGUGCCUAGCAAAUUCUAUGUUGUCACCUGCUAUGCUAUGCUGCAAGACUUCAUCAGCGGUGCACGAGCCUUCUUUGCGCUCGCUAGUUCCAACAAUAUCAGUCUGCAACCUAAGCUGUGCUAGUCUACAACUCCUACCUAACAAGCUCCAAGAUCACAUUAGAUGAUUAGAGCAGAUUGGUCAUCGAUGUCCAGGUCCUGAAUGAGGUUUGUUGGGUACUUCAGUGGUGGUGAUACUACUGUUGAGUCAAGAAGGGGGUUUCUAAGGUUUGUCCUAGAUAAAAACAGUUGAGAGUUGUUUUGCAAUGAAAUCAAUCGCUAGGGGGCAAUAAAGAAUAUGGAGCUUGCAUGGAACAGAUGUAUUUUACUCUGUAUGUUAACGUACGAACAUAUUGAUUGUCAAUCAUAAAGACUCGCUUGUUUAUGAAGUGCUUGGAAGU